AUGAAUUGGUGUGUGAUUUUAGUGGCCUUGUGCUUUUCUGGCGUAGUUCAAGGAUCAGGAAAUUCAUUAAAAGAUCCAUAUAUAUGUGGACCGCCGUCUUGUGCACCUUCAGAAAAAUUUAAAUAUGUAUCUCAGAUAAUAUAUCAUUAUGACUACAAAGUGAAUGUAGAAACAUAUUUUGCUGGAUCAAGCAACAAUCGUUCUACAUUGGACGUCAAUUCUACAGUACAACUACAAUUCAUAACCCCAUGCGAAGGUCUUCUGCAACUGAGUGAUGUGACACUUGCGGAUCAAGAUCUGAACUAUCCAGUGGAGCGUUCUGAAAAAUUUGUAUUGGCUCUCACACAAUAUGACCUCAGAUUUGCAUUCCAUGAUGGCGUUAUAUCAGAGAUUUGUCCUCAUGAUGAGGAGGACGAUUGGGUGCUUAACUUCAAGAGAGCUGUACUAUCACUUCUUCAGAAUACGAUGAAGAGAUUUGAUAUUAACUUUCAAGGAGUUGAGAAAGACAUCCAUGGAACAUGCAAUGUCGACUAUGUAGUCCGUGGACAGGAGAACACCAGCCUUGUUGUGGUGAAGACCAGAGACCUGGGACAAUGCACAAACAGAUACAAGUAUAGGUCCAUUCUACAGACUGUCAGAUAUGAUUUUCAAAGUAAAUUUCAAACAUGGCCUGUACUAAAGUCUGAAAGUAAAUGUCGUCUCACUGUUGAUCACUACAUCUACAAAACAGUGAGCUGCAAAGAGAGACAUCUCUUUGAACCAUUCUCUGGCAGGAAUUCUGGUGCGAUGACAACGGUAAUUCAAGAUUUGGUUUUGAAGGAUGAAGUCAAUAAGACGGAUAGUGAAAUCAUGGAAGCAGAACCUAAAGCAUGGAAUGUAAUACAGAAACGUUCUAACCUCAUUCAUCACCACUCGCCACACAUAAAAAUUGAGAGUGGCGAACUAAAAUCUGCUCGAGAUGUACUCAAAUUGCUCUGCUUGAUUAAAUCACCAGAGGACAGUUGGCAACAGGCGACCGUUGACGAGAAUAUGGACAGUAGUUCUACUGUUGGGCUUUGGGGGCGGCUAGUGCGCGCCGCGAGACCACUGCAUUACCCCGCCCUGUCACAACUGUUGACACGAGCGCCAUCUAUCUGCGACGCAGCUACUAAACACAUAAUGGACGCUCUACCGUACGUAGCCAGUGCUGGCUCGGUGGAGCUCAUCAAGGAGAUGAUAAUGCGAGAUGAGGUCGACGACAAUAUACGACACGAGUGGCUCAUGUCCAUGGCGAUGAUACCCAGACCAAAACUAGAAAUGUUGAAUAGUACUUUGGAACUACUAAAGAGGCAAAAGAACGACAAAGUGAUAAGCUUUACGGUGUCUUCCAUGGUCCACUCCUACUGUAGGAAUAGCGGGAAAUCACUACGUGAAUGCUGUGAGGAAGAAAUACCAAAACAAAUACUCGAAGAAUUCCAAAAUAUCGUGAACGAGAUUAUCACAAAAGGACUAAUUAAUGCUGAGAGAGAAGACAGAACUAAUGUAGCGAUAGCUAUAAAAGCACUAGGCAACAUUGGUGGUUUCAAUCAAGAGUUCGCUGACGUGCUGAUGAACAUAAUUGGCGAUGAAUUUAUAACGGUUCCUAUAAGACUGGCCGCUGUUGAUGCAUUUAGAAGAACGCCUUGCGCUGAAACCCGCGAGUAUUUCGUGGAGACGUACCGUUCCGAGUACACGCAGCUGGAGGUGCGGCUGGCCGCGUACUUGCAGCUGAUGCGCUGCCCCACACUGCACACCAUCCGCACCGUGCUGCUCGCACUCAGGGACGAACCCGUCAAUCAAGCGGCGACUUUCGUCUGGAGCCACCUCAAUAACAUUGGGCAGUCGUCACUACCAUCCCGCGUUGAGAUCCAGGGUCUGUUGUCUGGACACACAAUGCCGCAGCUAGAGGACAGCCCUGACUUCCGAAUGUUUUCAAGGAAUUACGAACAGAGCGUAUUCUUCGACCAAUAUAACGCUGGUGGAAACUACGAAGCGAACGUUAUAUUCUCACCAGACUCGUAUAUACCACGAUCAGUGUCGCUCAACUUGACUGUUGAUAUGUUUGGAGAAUCUAUCAAUAUAUUUGAGCUUAAAGCUCGUGGCGAAGGGUUUGAAACAUAUUUUGAACAAUUCUUUGGCGACAACGGACCUUUGGGCAAGAGUAAAAUAAAUGAGUACAUAAACAAAUUGAGAUUUUUCCGAUCUGUAAACGAUGCUGAUGAGGUCCGAGGGAAAAUCGACGAUCUCGGAUAUAAAAAUGAGGCGCUUAAACACCGAUUUCCCACGGCAGAGUUGGGGAUUAAAGUAUUCGGGAACGAGAUAUCGUUUUGGAGUGCGGAAGGCGAUGAGGAAAUAAGGAAGUCGGUAGAAAGAUUGAACCCUAAGUUAAGAAUUUUGGAAAUUUUAUCGGGAAAGGAAAUAUCAUACAACAAAGCAUCACUAUUCUUGGACACUACAUUCUCCGUGCCGACGGGGUGUGGGCUACCUCUAGAGUUGAACCUCAUGGGCACUAGCUACGUGAAUACAAAGUUAUCAGGCACAGUUUCGGACAAGUUCAAAGAGACGGAAAACUUGGAUUUUGAAGGCAAAAUUCGACCAAGCGUGGCCGUGAACGUGGCGGCGACGAUGGCGGUGCGCGCGGACACGCUCGCGGGCAGCGGCGUGCGCGUCAACGCGCGGCUCUACACCGCCACCAGCGUGGAGGCGCGCCUGGCGCUGCGGGGACGCGCGCGGCUGCGGCUCGACCUCUCCCUGCCCGCCGACAAGCAGGAGAUAUUCGCCGCCAAGUCUGAAUUAAUAAUUUUGCACGGCGACAAGGAGCUGCAACAACAAGGCUUGAAUCAAAAUCGCAUUGAACAAAACACAUGCAGUUGGGGCACGUUCGACAAUGCAAUAGGAAUUAAACUAUGCGCUGCUUAUCAGUUCCCCAACAUGACGAAUCUUUACAACGCGCCGUACUUCCUAAUGAGCGGUCCAGCCAAGUAUAUUCUGUCGCUAGAGAAAGCUGAUCCGUCGGCGAAGACUUACACGCUCCAGUACCAUUGGGACAAAAACGAGACCUUCAACGUCAUUGGAUUCUCGUUCGAUACACCUAACAGUGAGGAAAAACGUAUGUUCGACGCUUUGCUAACCCUCUCUAACACAUCAAGCAGUGCUGUCGUCACUCUUCAAUCUGCUAAAAGCACGCUCAAAGCGAAGGCAUUAUAUCGUAAUUUAGAGCAAGACAAAUCUUUUGAAGCCAGCUUGGAUGUUGAUGGUCGGAAGCAGUUCGACACGGUUAUGUCGUUGAAGAAACAGGAUAUAAACCACGGAUAUGUUUGGUUGCCGCGCGCCUACUGGAUCGUCGAUAAUGAAAGGGUCGCAGAAUUGACUGGUUAUUUCAAAUUCAAGUCCAAAGGAGGAGUAACACAAUGCGAUAUAGUGGCAGAUUUCCAAACCAGACAGCUAGCUAGCCAUAUGGCCGGUUACUAUACUUUGAACGGCCCUACACAUGGGACCAAAUUACAACUCGACUAUCAGUUUUAUAAGAAUCCUAAACAAACUAUAAAGGUAGAGGGAGUUUAUAGUGAAAGAACGAUGGGGUAUAGACACGACCUCUACGGCGAAUUGUCUAUGGAGUUUACGGCCUAUCCCGUAUAUGAUUUCUAUGCAGUGCUAAAGAAUAUGAAAACUCCAAGCCACAUAGAUAUUGGUUUGAACAUAAGUGCAUCGAAACAGCAAGCGCUUGAACCAGCCUUCGCUUUUAGUUUUGUACGGUUCGACAAGAUUAAUGGCCUCAAAUUGGACACGCAGCUAACGGUGAAGAGACCUAAGUUGAUCGACAUGAAGUUCCAAUAUGAAGAGGCGGGCGCGAAAUACUCAGUUCUGUGCGUGCUGAACUUCAACCCGAAGUCACGUGAGAUCAUAGUGUCAGGCGAGGCGUACUACCCGCCUGGUACUCAGCUGUAUCUAGACGCACAGCUGAACGUCACACUGCCCACGCUCCACCCCUGCACCAUCCACGCCAAGGUCCACGAGAAGCAGGCCAACGAAUUCCAGGUGAACGCGUUAGGCGUAUGGUUUACGGGCACAGACUUCAACGUCGACGCGCUGUAUCAAGACCAGUCCAAAACAAACAUGGCUUCCCAUCGGCUGAAGAUGCUCCUCACCAGCUCGCAGUUCAAAGACAUUGCGGCUGAUGCUCGAUUCACUCAAGAUAACCGACAAGUCACUUUCAUAUUAGAGGGGGAAUAUAACGCAGAUUUGUACCGUUCACUAGUGCGGUACGUUUUGCUAUCGGAGCAUAACAUCACGACAUACGCAGAGGUGGACGUCAGCGGGAAAGUGUACAGUCUCAAUCUUAACGCCGACCUCAACAACAAUACCAAUCUUAACAUGGACGUACAUAUUGAUCAACUUCGCGACGUACACGUUUCUUACCAAAGAUGGAAGACACCGAAGCAGAAACGUCUAAGCGCUGCAUUCAACUGGGAUGCGAACCGAGAUCCAUCGCAAAAAGUUUCCGUGGAUGUACAGCUCGACAACAAAGGCACCUGGCACCACGGCGGCCAGUUUACAUUUUACUACCCCAGCAGAGUUGUCAAUGGCGAAUUCGAAUUCCUAUUAAAAGACUGGGAGUGCGCGUGGAGUGCGAGCGUGGGGUGGGGCGGCGGCGCGCGGGCGGCGUGGAGGCUGCGCGCGUACUCGGAGGCGCGGGACGGCGGGCCCACCGUGUACGCCCUCCUCUCGCACCUCGACACGCCGCUCCCCGGCUGGAAGGACACCGGCUUCAACCUCAUGUGGCGCUACCAAGAUAACUUACAAGCAAUAAAUGGAAGUAUGAAUUGGCAAGAAGACUAUCUCGCGUUUAGUCUACUCGCCGACUACUUGUUCAAGUCGAACGAAUUCUACGGCGAAAUAAAUGCAAUCGUGAAUUCGACUAUACCGACUUUGCCGCGAGCCGCCGCCAUAGCGAGACAUCGAGUUGUAUGGAAAAAGAGUGCAGAUACCCUUCUCAGUUUUCAAUAUAAUGAGGAAGGUCUGCUUAUGAUAAAUUCAUCAUGGCUACUGAAUAGGGCUAAUACACAAACUAAUAUCACAGGCAGAGUUACAUUACUGACCCCAUUCACGGGCUACACCAAAGGAUAUCUCAUGACAGAGUUCCUAUUAGGCAACAAACGAGAUAUAAAAGGCAUCACAUAUUUAGAUUUAGAAGAAAAAGUGCUCAAAAUUUAUGUUGAUGGACGCAUGCGCCGCAUCACCAACUGCAUGCUGGUGGUGAACGUGACGAGUCCCGUUACUGAUGUGUCGCAGAUGACGGCAAGGAUCGGGUUCGUAGAAGCCGACCGCCAUCUUGUGGCAAUGGUAGUCACACCCAACUCUACUACUGGUUUUGAAACUCUUUUGAAGUUGAACACGUUGCAAGACUUCCACAUCUUCGGACAUGUAGCGCUCCCUAUACAGUACCUCAACCGAGCCAUUGUAACAGCCAAACGAGGUCCUGACGAGCUCGACUUUAGAGUGGGCUGGGACAAAAUGGACUUUGGCUUCACAGGCAUAUGGCAGUACCAUUCACCUAUUAACUUUGUUUAUGUAUACAAAUUAUAUUCACCACUGGAAGGCUUUGAAGAAAAUGGUCUAGUACUUAAGAAUGUAUAUGGAAAUGGUUUAGAUACUGAACUGUCGUUGCGACUGUCUAAACAUAAGUUCGGCAUUGCGAUACUACUAGUCGAUAAAGGCAAGGGUGUAAUAGAAGUGGUUCAGGAUAAGUUCAAAAAUGGCAUGAAGAACACCGACACGCUGCUGGAGGACUUUGAUACGACUGCCAGAGUUACCGUCGACACUAUAUACUACCCUACCGUUACAUUCCACGCACAUCUCAUGAAGUUUGUGGGCCCCGAUGAAGAAGAUAUAAUGAAGGCGAACGCUACUCUGUAUUUGCCUGAAGGACAAGCUAUAGUUCUUACUGACGAGUUCGUCCUAGAAACAUUUACGGUAAUGAGGAACACGCUGCACUUAGAGACGCCGUUCCAAGCGAUAAAGGAAUUGAAAUCGGUAUACACUGUCGACAUAACUAUAGGCGAGAAAAUCAACGUCUCCUGUAUGGCUCUAUUGUACAACGGGACUUAUUGGCACGAGAUAUCAUACAAAUUAUUUUACGAAUACGAGUGUGGUGAGGACGACACCUACCAAUCCUACUUGGCCUCAGUUGAUAUAGUAACGCCUUUGGCCGUACUGCCUGAAUUGGACGCUAAAGUAUCGGCUCGACUCGAAGAUGCACUUUGGAAGAUGUCAGCCGAUAUUGCCAUGCCUUCGUUUGUCGUGACCGCUAUUGCAAGACUCGAGUUGGAUGAUCCUUUCGUGGAGACGUCAGGCAGCUUGAAUCUAACUUCUCCAUACCUGGACGACUACUUCAUCAAGAUGGAGUUCCGUAAGGACUUCGGCGAGAGUGAGAACUCUGUCGGUGGCGGUAUACAUGUGCAUCAGGGCGACCAGGAUAACUAUCUGUUCGCGGACGUGUCGUGGCGGCCGCCGCCGGCGCGGACGGUGCGCGUGAAGUCGCGCGGCGCGCUAGCGGGGCUGCUGCCGGCCGCCACGCUGGCCGUCGAGUACGGACACGAGGCCGGACACCGCACGCUGGCGGCAGACUUCGCCGCCGCAGACACCUACUACUCCGUGCGGGCCGACCAGCGGCCCUCCGCCGUCUCGCUCGCACUCACCAGCCCGCACGACGGGUUCAGGGUUAUGAAACUAGUCGGUGAAUUCGAGGCAGAAAACAUUCGAGGUUCGCUGGUGACUGACGGCACUGAAUACGCCAUCUCUGGAAACGUAACAAAACGAGAUCCUCUGGAAAUGGUUGUAACUCUAGUGCCUAAGGACCAAGGCGAAGUAAUAAACGCCCGUAUGAAAUUCGAAUCCAGCACGACCGUAUACGGAAUAACCGCACAGCUGUCCGGCGCCGUACAAGCCACCGUGCGCGCUAAAGCUGAAAUGGAAACCAACUUCACUGAUAUUAACUUUAAAGUGGAGUCGCCGCAGCUGCCUGGCGGCGAGGUGAGCGUGAAGUCCCGCGUGGAGGCGCUGCGGGGGCUGCGGCGCACGGUGCGGGUGCAGGCCGCCACGCCGCUGCCGCGUCUCAAGUACUUCCACACCGACCUCGACUUCCUAUUCGGCCCAAAGACCGGCUAUCUCCUAGCGAACUACAAAUUACCAGAUAUGAAGGGAGACGGAGAUCUCAAAUGGAGCUUCUUAAUAGGAGAUCUCUUCAUAAAGUCGAUAGGUCACCAGCAAGUGCGUCAAACGAAUCGCAGUGUGGACUUGGAUAUCUACUUCGGCAACAGCACGCGCGAUGGUCUCGAUAAAACAGACGCUGGCUUCAGAAUGGACCUCGACCGUGUCUGGCUGAUCGGCGCAAACGCAUCAUUCGGUUACGUAAUGAACAAGCGCGUGAGUCUGAUCAUCAACGCGAUCCUGCCGCGCCCUAACGUCGACGUGCAUACUCUACGAGUGGACGGAGACCUCGGCUCUGAAGACAAACCACUGCGGACACUCGAUGCUGUCUAUAAGACUGACGUCACCAAGAUCGUAAACGCUAUCAAAGGAAUGGUACUAAUGCUACCUACGAGCUUCGACACGAACUCAACAGUAACCUGGACACAAAACUCUCAAUACAAGAGCGUGGACAAUCUACUCCUAUACCAAUGGGACGACAAAGGGUCACAUUUCAUAGACUACACACUGAAAACGCCAGUAUACGAAACAGAUGACACCUUCAAAUUGACAGGAAGCUAUCAGAAGGAUCUGAUUCAUGGCUACCAAAUUGUCAAGGGGCACACACAUCGUCCAGGGCGGAAUAGAAUCGGCGAACUGGACCUACGUUACGGUGGUAUGAAACAUACAGACGGACACUUUAAUGUGUCUACACCCUUCCAGAGGCUGCCCUGGCUUAAGUCAAUUUUCAAUAUAAAUAAUCUAGAAGAUCAUUCGGACAAUAAAGUGGAAUUGUUCUGGACGAACAAAACAGCUUCUGUAAACGCCAGCCAUGUACAUACAAAUCAAGAAAAUGGCUUCACACAAACGGGUGAAAUAUCACUUUCGCUACCAUUGAAAACCCAACAUCUUGUUAACACGGAAUAUUAUUAUAUACAAGAUGAGAAAACGAGCAAUGGAAAUGCAACAGUGGAUCUCGAUCGGGAGCGAUUUGUGAAAGUAUCGUUUGAUCAGAUACUCAGUAAGAGUGAGAGGAACUUGAAUUUAUCGACAACAAAUAUAGAAGUAGAGAAUGAACACACACCAAUGGGAGUAAAAUAUAUCCAUGAAUUUGACGACACUGGGAAUACUGAUGUAAAACAAGCGACAGUAUUUCACCUAAAGAAUGCUACGAAAUUGAACGUAACCUGCAAAUUCGAUGUGUUCACGUACGACGUUGGGAAGAAUUUGAAACUGACGGCAAUGCAUGGGAACAGAACCUGGACAUUCGAGAACGAAUAUGAGUCGGCUGAUAAGGAACUGAAACAAGGCAGCAAAGUGAAGUGGGCGGAUGAUGUGUGGCUCAAUUAUCAUAUACACGUCACUAAUAUGACUACGGUCGAGACAGAGUCUCAGAAAAUUAUCAUGAACGUGUGGUACCCGUUGCGUACCUACAAGUUGGACGCAGUGUACAGUCUGCAGGAUACUCUGUUGGAUGGACGCGCGGAGCUCAGCUGGGACGUGAAGCAGGAGAACAAGUCCGCGCUCAUCAAGGGACGCUGGCAGAACCCGCCCUUCUCGGGGGGAAGUCUACAUAAUGUAGAUCUCUCCCUCUCGCAUCCGUCUUUUAGUAAGGAUGUAACCUUAAAAGGUGAUUACAUGAGCACACCGACUGUCAUGUCAAACAUAUCAUUCGAACUGCAGUAUUCUGACUACGAGAAGGAAUAUUUAAAUUUCAAAUCUAUACUCACGGACAACUCUAUCGGUCCUAUCAGAGACUAUAAAUUUGCACUCAAGUGUACUCAUCCAUCCACUAACUUGGACUUGGAUAUGAAGAGUGACGUCAACAUACAUAGCAAAUGGUAUCUCUUCAACAACUACUACAGGUUCCAGAAGUCGCUCUUCUUUGAGAAAAUGCGGAAAAAUAGAUUGUUGGUAGAUUUGAACAAGAACGCUAUUAAUUGGGAGCGCGCCAACGAGACGUACUUCUACAAGGCGAACGGCACGUGGGAGCUGGCCUACCCGGUGUACCGCGCCGCGCUGGCGGCCGAGCGCCCCGCCGGGCCCGACUCCGGGCUCGCCACGCUCUCGCUGCUCCAACGAGAGCUCGUCGCGCACUACAACUCCUCCGACGAUAUAUCCUACCAUUUGAUAGGCCGUAUAGAAGACACCCGUUCAGCAAAAUUGGACGUAUGGCGUGACUUCGAUGACGUCACCACUGUAGAUCUAGCAUCUUACAUCCGCCUGAAUCACUCCCGUUUACUCACUAGCUCCGUUCUAUGGCGUCCGGAGAUCUUUAGCGAGAUCAGAUCAACAUUUGUUUAUACCUUGAAAGGUUUAUAUGGCCAAUUCAACGAGACGUUGACGAUCAUUAAAGAAAUGCCCAUGGAAGCUCAUUUAGCGUUGAGAAAUAUAUGGGGAGACGCUAAACCGAGAGUUCGCGAAUUUUUAGAUGACCUAAAUGACUUACACGUCAUAAAAGAUGACUUGGAUGACUUCCAGGUAUUUUUAAACGAAUCUUAUGGAAACAAUGAUUUUUACGUCAAAGAUAUCGUCGAAUUCACAUACUACAUGCUCGAUGAAAUGGCUAUAAGGAAUCACUUGGAAAGUUUACCCGGAAUUGUUAAUGAUAUGUGGGGAAUGAUGGGUAACACGAGUCAAUCUAUCAAACAAAGUCUCACUUACGUUGUAGAUACAAUAAGACAGGCUUAUACUAACUUCUUGGAUUCUGUGAAUAACGUCCUAGAGGCUGAUUUCAUGGAGUUGGUCUCAAAUAGAUUGGAAGCGAUCAUAUUACAGUACGACAAUUUGGUACGAGAUAUACAUAUGAAGUUGUUGGAGUAUUGGGAAGAGACGUGGGUUAAUGCGACCACGAGGUUGGCCAAAUAUUGGCACGAGCUCCUCAAGUCCAUAGAACCGUUGUUCUUCAAAGUGCUACAUUAUACAGAGUCGUUUGUUAUAACAAUAUGGAAAGGAUUGAUGGAUUUCUUCUAUAAUCGAACACAGGAGCUGACCGAUUCCCCCUAUUUCAAUUACGUAUCUGCAUUUGGACACGAAAUGGACAAGUUCUACAAAGACAUAAUAAACAACGAUCUUAUUACGAACAUAAAGAAGUACAGCAAGAAACUGUUCGACGUGGUGUGGGCGAAGAUUGAGAAGUACAUACCUUUUAAAGACGAACUAAUGCAACUAUAUGCCGAAUUUAAGAACGCGUGGGAAGUUUUCCUCAAAACUAAACAAGUUGUCUACGUCAGAGAUAAGUAUCUGGAAGCAUACGAACGUCUCAAAUGGUGGUACGAUUACUUCAUGAUCGGUGAGGUGUCGUACAAAGUGGGCGAAGUAUUGUACGCUAAGAUCACUGACAUGGCCAAAACGGCGCUACAGUACGAGGAACUCCACCGCACUCCAAAAACAAUGUUCGUGUUCGACCCUCGAGCCGGAAAGCUGGUGUUGGAACAAAAGCUGCCGAUGUCGUGGCACGCCUUCAACCGGUCGCCGGACUUCAGCGAGGUGGCGGAGUACCGCGCCGUGCGACGACUGCUGGACGACUGGCUCGCCACCAACCGCAGCCUCUGGUCCUACUACUACCAGCUGCGGCCCUACAUGGACAUCGAGAACGUACUGCCGCCCUUCGCAGGCAUGGCAAUUAUGACUGGCCAAGGUACCCUGGUGACAUUUGAUAAACGCGUUUUCACUAUCUCUCAAGCUGGCACUUUCCUACUAUCCAAAGACUAUAGACUGAACAAAUUCACGGUUCUAAUGGAAAGCAAUGAACAGCAGCGAUACAACCUGAUCGUUCUCACCAAGAGUACCCUUAUACGCAUCGAUCUCUACAAAGAGCAAGUGUCGAUCGGCAGCUCUAUACUGAACCUGCCGGCCGUGGUGGAGGGCCACGUGGUGGACCGACAGACCGACCAGCUCUCCGUCAGCGGCGACAGCGGCCUCCGCAUACACUGCGACCUGCGACACCGCACCUGCAAGCUGCACGUUGCAGGUUGGUACUACGCGAGCCUCGGCGGUCUUCUCGGCACAUACAACAACGAACAAUACGAUGAACUUCGUCUCCCCAACGGCACAUACACGACGUCCAUAGCAGAGUUGGGAAAGAGCUGGGCGUUAUUGCCCAUCAGUGGGCAAACGUUGCUGAACCACGAGUUCACCAACGACACGCAAUGCGAGAAGUUCUUCCAGAACAAAGUGUCACCGUUGCAUCCGUGUUUCUCUGUGAUCGACGCAGUGCCGUUCCACUCGGAGUGUUCGCACAGCAUGGAGCCGUGCGCGCUGGCCAGCGCGUACCGCGAGCUGUGCGCACAGCAGCACGUGCCCACGCGCGCGCCCGACGUCUGCCUCCAAUGUACGACUCCGCAAGGUGACAUCGUAGAGGAGGGCUCGUUCACCCAACUACAACAGGUGCCCAACUCAACAGAUGUGGUGUUUAUAGUAGAGGCCGAGCACUGCAACAGACAAAUUCGCAAACGGAAGAAUAUAGAUCUCUUCGUGGAAGCAUUCGAUAGCCGCUUGCAAGGACAUGGUCUUUCUGAUAACAGGUAUGCGGUGGUGGGCUUCGGAGGCGUUGGUGUAUACUCGCAGCCGCGCGCACUCUAUGUCAACGGGGAAGUGUUCGCUGACGCCACGCAAGUUCCGCUGCACUUCGACCAUCUAGAUCUCGAGAAGCCGCAGAGCCCGAGCAACUCGUCCUCCGGGCGGCGCGGGCGCGGGCGCGGGCGCGGCGACAUGUUCGCGGCGCUGCAGUUCGCCACGCGCCUGCCGCUGCGGCCCGCCGCGCCGCGCACGCUGCUGCUGCUGCCCUGCGCGCGCUGCGACCUCGCCGCCAUGUCGUACGACUACUCAACGAUAUCUCACACAUUAAUGGAAAACUCCGUGACACUUCACAUUCUAAUGGACGAUGACUUCAUGUUAUCUAAGAAACGAGCAGCUAAAUACUUGUUUGGUAUUGACAGCACUUUGGCAUAUACUAACAAAGAUUACGAGAGACUAGUGGGCGAUGUCGGACUUCGCAAGCAAGUCAAAUUACCUAAAGAUCGACUGGGACUUUGCACGUCACUCGCGCUAGAAACUAAUGGGUCAAUAUUCGCCGGCGCGAAGCUGCAAGGCGACCGUCCGACGGCUCGGCGGUUCUCAAGUGUGGUGGGCGCCCGGGCCGCCCUCGGCGCUGCGGGCCGCGCGUGCGGCCGCCCGCGCUGCGAGUGUCGCGACGGCCGCCUGCACUGCCGGCCCUGCUCCGACGCGCUGCGCAUGUCUGAGCUAUCAUUCUGGAACACAGAAGACAUAGACGAGCUGAUUGAUAUGGCUAUGGACCCGCCCACACUUCCGUCUCUGAACUGAUUAUAAUUGACAUUUAUAGAAUCAAUAAGUUAAUGGACAAUACGCAGCAUGCGUAUGUUAUAUAUUUCUUGUAAAUAUUAAAUGAAUCUCUACUAGUUUAAUAAAUAUAUUAAAUUAAUAUU